AGUGUUUGGACGAUAAGGCAAAUGUUCGAAAGCUACAUUACAUUUGCUUCUCGACCUCAGGAGUAGCUUGAAGCUUGGCAUAUGCUGCAGUUUCUUACUCAUCACCGAAUAUAACUGGUAAAGCUCGUCCCGACUUGCUAAAGGAAAAGGCUCUGCUCUGCACCACUAGCUCUUCCACCGCGCCCGAGAACUUGACCUUGGCACAACUCUUUCUCCAGCCGGUAUCACGACAGACUCUGGCACUGCUCCAUUGCAGGAUGGCUAUGACUGACGUGCUCAACGCUGAGGAUAUCAAGAAGGCUGUGGGAGCCUUUUCAGCGGCUGAAUCUUUUAACUACAAGAAGUUUUUCGAGAUGGUAGGACUGAAAAAGAAGAGCCCAGAAGAUGUGAAGAAGGUUUUCCAUAUUCUUGAUAAAGAUCGAAGCGGCUUCAUUGAAGAGGAAGAAUUAAAGUUUGUACUGAAGGGCUUUACCCCGGAGGGAAGAGACCUAUCAGACAAAGAAACAAAGGCUCUUCUGGCUGCUGGAGAUAAGGAUGGUGAUGGUAAAAUUGGCGCUGACGAAUUUGCAACUCUGGUGGCUGAAUCAUAAAGGCUUUGACCAAUGCAAACCCUUCAUCCAUCCUUCACUGCCCAAUUCCAACCACCUCCUGCUGACUGCUUUGGCUCCUAUUGGCUCCUUUGGUUCUAUUUAUUUAUGUUAUUUUAUACUCCAGCUCUGUUCUCUGCAAUCCUGCAACUCUGUAAUUGUGCUGAAAGACACUGUUAAAAUAAUAAAGGUCACAUCAAUCUGGGCUUUAUUCUCUAUCACUACAACUUGUUCUUAUUUCAUGUAGGCUUGGCACACGCUGAGAGAAAAGUUUACUCUUUUUUGCUGACAUCACUGCUGCUUUAUCCCUAGCUAGGGUAAAGUGGGAAGAAAUUUAAAAAAUUAUUUGGGAUAAAACUAGCAUAUAAUGAGUCAUUCAGCCCCAGUUCUGAACUGUGGAAAAACUGACUGCAUUAUUUUUAUGUCAUCCCUGCUAAACGGAUGCAUACUCAUAGCCUGGAAAAUCUCUAGUGAUGGCAAUUACCCAACUUCAUUUGGCAGUUUGCUCUUUCGACUUAAUCAGUGUUAUAACUGAAAAGUAUUUCCUAAUAUUUAACCUACAUCCCCUGAUGCAUUUUGGUGAUCGAUAAAUUGAUCCUUGUCUGUAUCAUUCACUAAAUUUGCCUAGUGCAGGGGGAUUUUUGUAUAAAAGGUUUGGCAGGAACCUCAGUAGGUGCCAAUCAUGCAUGGAGAUAACUUCAUAAUCUAUUAAAUAACAGUCACUUCUGAAGCACAGAAUAUGUUUACUAGGAAUGUUACACAACAACCUAGGACAGGAAGAAGAGAAUACUCACAAGAAGCAACAGUACAAAUUCAGGAAAGUGAACACUAAGAGUCAGGCACAAUGCUACUGUUGACAUUCCCACUAAUAAAAUAGCAUUAAAAAACCCUGCCAAAACUCAAAAAACGUUUAUUCUAAAACUUUACCAGAUAAGUGAAUAUCUUUCUUUGUGUUACAUAUAGGAAUCUGGGACUCAAGCUAAGGAAAUGACUAGCCAACACUAAGUCUAUGACAGAGACAAGAACUAAACAAUCGUUUCCCAAUUCCUGUUCAGUAAUUUCAAUACCAAGAUAAUUCUUUAUAUAUUUAUUUAUUUAUAAUGCCAAGAUUAAAGAGGGGAGGAAUCACUUUUAGGCACCAUCUUUCCCACAUCUUGACAGAACAUUGAUUACUACUGCAAUAAGAAGGAAGGGUAUUUGCCAUUUCUGGAUUCCAAACUACUUCCUGCAGCAAUCAUACCUCAUUCAGAUUUAUUAUCACUACUUCAGUACAAACAAAAAGAUAAGGCUGAAACCCUGUAACCAUCAUAUUGUAUAUACCAAUCUCUGCCACAAUCUCUUACCCAGUGCUACGGGGGAAGCCAAUAAACACUCCCUGAAGCCGUUCUAGAUUUCCACUCUGUAGUAACGUGCAAAGACGACUUUUUUUGCUGAAGCUGCUAUGCGUUCAAAAGAAAUCCUUUGGUUUUGACAAUGUAUAUAUGGAUCUGAAGAAAGCAUUGAUUUUUAAGUAUUCUAAAUAAAGCAAAUGAAAACGGA